GCAAGCUUCCUCUCUUCAGUCAUGUCGAAGCUACUCUAGUAGCCCCAUGGCUGCUAGCCACCCAAGCAGUGGCGAUUGAAGUGAUCUGCUCUCUGGUUCGCCUGCCCUCCCACCAACGACGUUUGCUUCAGCCAGCAGGCGACUCUACAAAUUUGGAUUUGAAAAAAGAGCAAAGAUUUUGGAAAGAGCAUAGAGUGCUUCCCAUUCACCUACAAAUGGUUGAAUGGCUGCGUAAUGAAAUUGCUACCGGGGCUGGAUCUUCACACCCAUCUGAUGCAAUCAAUGAGGACCAGCCUUACAUUCCAGUACCAAUUGAUGAAGAAAUUAGCUUGGACAAUUAUGAUGCUAUUGAUGAUAAUGUUGGUGAAAGUGCCCAUUAUACUCCCAAUGCAAGUAGUAGUCGUUCCCGUGGCAGGCCUAGUUUAGGGGUAACAAGUAAAGAGAAGAAGAAGAAGAAAGGAGGUGUAGAGAAGGUUAGUAGUCCUUUGAAGGUGAUAGCCAAUGCAAUUGUGGAGAUGGCCAAGCAAGACCCCCAAAAGGAAUUUGCAAAAAACUUAUGUAUUGAGAUUGAUGCACUUACAGGAGUUGAGUUUGAUAAAAAAUUGUGUGCUAAACAACUCUUCAUGCAACAUAAGGAAUUGGCUCCCAUCUUCUUGAAUUCUAAUGAGGCAGAUAAGCCUAAGGUGUUUGAACACUAUAUGAAGAAUAUCGAAGAUGGUGGUCAAGAUUGAGGACAUGUCGCUUUAUUUAUUUAUGAUUAGUGUGUUGUUUCAAAACAUAAGUAAAUAUUAACUAGACAAUUUAUGACAAACAUUUGAAAUGCUUAUUUUGGUGAUGUAAUAGUGACUCGAUUUUUGAACUCUCUCCUUUAAACUGAUCAGCUGGUGAUUGGUAAGCUUCUGUAAGUAGGUAUUAUGAGUUUUAUUGGAAAGUAACAGAUUGGAUGUCUGUUUAUCUAGAAUGCUCAUGGAAAUAUAUGGUAAAUUAGUUUUUACCAUGGUGUGUGAUCCUUCAUGGGUCCUCUGAUUCUGAAAAGCAAAGCUACAACAAUAAAUUUUCUGCAUACUAACAAUUUCUGCAUGCAGGGUUUUGCUGCUGGUCUGAUGCUGAGUAUUUCUUUCUUAGACCUGGCACAUGAUGCUUUGAAUUCCAUUGGCUUCUUGAAAGGAAAUCUUUGGGUAAGAUAAAUUUCAAGGUAUUAAUAAUUAAAUGGUUCACAGAUGGGGCAUUACUUUCAGGUUAUGUAAGUAACCUAUACAUUCAAUAUGUGUAGCAUUACUGCUUAAGAGAAAUUUGAGCAUCAAGCCUGCCCCUCAACGUUGGCAGGAAAAUGCUGCUGAUGGUUCCUUUGAUGUGGUAUUUACAUUUGAAGAAAAGGUUUUCGACAUGGUAAUUGAAGGUCAAUAUGCAUACAAUUUCUGUGUUACUUAAUUUUAUUCUAAUGAUAUGUUCGUGCAUAUUUUAUAGUUCACAGUAAAAUAUCCUUGAAGUGAUUUAACUAUUUGGUUGUCUUUACCUUUUGAAUUGGUCUAUACAUGUUGGAUGGAAUUAUUUCUCCUUUUGCUUCAAUAUUUGGGAGUGGAAAAAACAAUUUGUUACUAGUUCAAUGUAAAUUGAAUGUUCUUGUGCAAGAUACUCCAAAACACCGAUGCAUGAUCCCUUCACUUUUCUCCCUGUUUCAUUUUCCUUCUUACCCUGGUGUUUGGAAAUAUAUAUUAUAUUAAUCUUUGCUAAUUGUCUUCUGAUUUUUGUGAAGAUAUGCCCCUCUACUCUUGCUACCUGAAUCCAUUUCACAAGUUUAGGUUUUGAACAGGGAAUUAGUCAUUGAGUAUGUUUUCCAGGGCACUUUUAUGAUUCCCCUACUUUCUGUUCUAUUAGGUACAUUUUUACCGAAUGGCUCCAAUCUUAUGCCUUAACAACUUAUAACCCCAAUAUCAACCCAAUCUUACAUGUGAAACCAAUCAUUGGAUUGGUAAGUCCUUUAUUUUCUAUAGGAUAUUCUUCCUGAAUUGAAGAGUAAAGACACAUAGUGCUGUAGAUUUAAACAUAAACAUCUCUUGGAGCAACAUCAAAAACAUAGACAAUUCUCUGGUCUCUUUAUUAUAUGUGGCAUUGAAUGCUUUGUUGCACUCUUCAUAAACUUUAUGUUGAUGAUGCGAUAGUUCAGGAGUCAGUUUUCCGAAGACUCCCAUUCUUCUGUUUCUGGUAGCUCAACAUCUGCACGCCUCCAAAUGUCAAUAGUGAGCAAGAUGGACAAAGGGAUGGAUCCAAGAGACGGGAAAUAGAUGACAAUAAUGCAGACUACACUUUUCCCUAAUUAAAUAGUUUUUGUCCACCCUUGUUGUAUUUAGUAUUUACUUUCACACAAGUCAGUUGAUCUUUUGUUCAAUACAAGUCUCAUAUACUGUAAAAUAUAGAUUAAGUUCUUCCCUUCCCCUUAGUUUAACUUGUAGCUUUUUGGAGUUUUUGAAUGUCCACCAAAUCUAGACAUUCUUUUUGUAAUGUAACAUUAGAGAUAUACAUAUGGAAACAGGAAGUUCUGAGCAUCUA